UGUGUCGCCACCACACCCUCCUUACAGGCAGGCGCCAGCGAGGCCAAACAGCCCGGGUUCACCGAUUGCCCCUUGCGCGCCUCCCAGGGAGAGGCGGAAGUUCACUUUGCAAGAAGCCAGCUUCUGUGCUCACUUCCCGGGAGAGCUCCAGUCGCACCAGAACCCCGAGCCCGGAAGCCUCGCGCCGCCGCCCGCCAUGAGUGUCCCGGUGCGACCGGGCCCAAGCAGCUGGAGGCGGGCAGCCACCUUAGUGCUGGCGGCGGGCUGGACGCGCCCGGUCCCCGACGCCCCGUCGAGGCCCCAGCCACCCGCCGAGGGAUUCCGGGUGCUGCUGCUGCAGCGCUCCAAGAGCCAAGGCUUCUUGCCCGGGGCGCACGUCUUCCCGGGCGGGGUGUUGGAGGCGGCAGACCGCUCGACCGACUGGCUACGCCUCUUCGCGCCGCACCACGGGCCGCCCCGCUUUGGCCUGGGACCCGCGCCGCCCCAGCGCGCCGCCUUCCCGGUGCUGCCCAACAUCCAGCCGGGAGCCGUGGACGAGGACGCGGCGGCGCUGCCCGAUGACAUCGCCUUCCGCAUCUGCGCCAUCCGCGAGGCAUUCGAGGAGGCGGGCGUGCUGCUGCUGCGGCCCAGGAGCCCGCGGCCCCCUGAUCAGGCGCCGGGCUGCGCCCUCGCGCCGCCGCCCGCCUUGGCCGACUGGCGCGCCCGCGUCCGCCGGGACCCGCGGUACUUCUUGAGCCUGUGCUCGCAGCUCGACUGCACUCCCGACAUCUGGGCGCUGCGCGACUGGAGCGGCUGGAUCACGCCCUUCUCACGCCCCGGCGGCCGCCGUUUCGAAACCACCUUCUUCCUGUGCUGUCUGAGCGAGCCGCCGCCGGUCUUCCCCGACUUGGUGGAGGUGGUGGGCUGCCAGUGGUCGUCUCCAUCAGAGGCAAUUGAAAGCCUCAUAUCAAAGGAAAUUUUGCUUGCACCCCCACAGUUCUACGAAAUACGUAGACUAGGAAACUUUGCCUCUCUCUUUGACUUGCACAAAUUUUCUUUGGAUCGUGAAUCAGAAGGAACGGAAAGAUGGAUGCCAAUCAUAUUGUUAACUGCUGAUGGGACGAUCCAUCUUUUACCAGGAGAUGAGAUGUACUUAGAAGAUUCAAACUUUUUAGAAAACUGUAUGUCCACUGAAAAAAGGAAUGAAGAAAUCAUGAACGAAGGCAAGAAAUUUCACCGAAUAGUGUUGUAUAAUUCCCACAGUUAUGGAGAUUAUACAGGUUAUAGCAUCCAUGUGACAGUUCUGCCAAAGUAUAAACACGUUUAUCCUAAGAGCUUUGUAGUGGGCAAGAGCCGUCUGUAGAGAGCAGCUGCUUUAUAAGCUGGCCCACUUGUAGUUGUUCUAGAGAAAAAUGAGGGUUGACUAGAUGUGCCUGGAACUUAAGGAACUUUGUUCCUGUAAGUUCUAGGAGCAGUCUCUCCUAUCUCAAGUGUAUUGUGUAGCUCUGUUAUUUUAUCCUUUAAACCUUAUAGUAUCCCACCAGUAUAAGGUAUUAAUGUUUUGUUACCAAAAAGAGAAAAAAAAUUUCACAGAGAUUUCCACUUCUGUGUUGUUCUGUUAUCAAAAGUUUAAAUAAGAUGUUCUACUGUAUUGUCUUCAAACUGUAUUAGCAUACUACUUUAUAUGCUAGGCGUUUGAUCCAUUAAUUCCUUAGACUUUCUGCUGGAAUUAAUUUAAGGGUGAUACAUGGUGAACAGAAGACUGAGGUGAUCUUCAAGUGACAGUGUCAUUUUCUUAUGACUUUAGCUUGAUGAUUAAGAGGUAAUUCCAUUAAAACUAAAUGGUAUAAGUUAUUAGUUUACCAAAUUGGAAAUUACUUUAGUGAUUGUUGUAAAGAAAUAUGAAGCCAUAACAGAAGUCAUAAUUUUAUUUUGGAGUGCUACUUGACAGAAUACAAAGAGGUUACUAGAGA